GAAACGGACAAGUUCCAGGAUUCUUUUCGCUUAAAGAAUGCAGUUAAACAUGCCAAUACGCAUCCCAAGGUGAUACGGGCACGAACACGCACGCGAGCACGAACCCACCACCUAUAUAAAUACAGUACGGCAUCGGCUUCUGUUCUGUCUUCAAGCUUGAUCCGGGCACUUGCUCCUGUAGUGGGUCCUGAAUUCUUGCUCCGCUUCUUGGAACUUCUUAUUGUUGAGAAGAGCAUAGCUGGGCGCAGCGAUGGCCUCUGCUUCGGAGUCUAUACGCCCUCAAGAUGUUUGUAUUGUUGGUGUUGCUCGUACGCCCAUGGGUGGCCUUCUGGGUUCCCUUUCUUCUUUCUCAGCUACUCAGCUUGGUUCCAUAGCUAUUCAAUGUGCCCUUAAGAGAGCUAACGUAGAUCCUGCACUGGUGCAAGAGGUGUUCUUUGGGAAUGUCCUAAGUGCAAAUUUAGGGCAAGCCCCAGCUAGACAGGCUGCUUUAGGCGCUGGCAUACCUAAUUCAGUGAUUUGCACCACUGUGAACAAAGUCUGCGCAGCAGGAAUGAAAGCUACAAUGCUCGCAGCACAUACCAUUCAGUUGGGCAUUAAUGAUUUUGUUGUGGCUGGUGGUAUGGAAAGCAUGUCUAAUGCACCCAAAUAUUUAGCUGAAGCAAGGAAGGGAUCUCGACUUGGACAUGAUAUCAUUGUUGAUGGCAUGCUCAAAGAUGGCCUUUGGGAUGUUUACAAUGAUUUUGGAAUGGGUGUUUGCGCAGAAAUUUGUGCUGAGAAUCAUAGCAUAACAAAAGAAGAACAGGAUUCUUAUGCUAUUCAGAGCUAUGAAAGAGGAAUCGCUGCCCAAAAUAGUGGUCUCUUUGCCUGGGAGAUAGUGCCGGUUGAAGUUUCAGGAGGAAGAGGAAAGCCAUCAACAAUUGUAGAUAAAGAUGAAGGUUUAGGAAAGUUUGACUCGGCAAAACUCAAGAAACUGAGACCUAGCUUCAAGGAGAAUGGCGGUUCUGUUACUGCUGGGAAUGCAUCUCUCAUAAGUGAUGGUGCAGCUGCACUAGUUCUAGUUAGUGGGAAGAAAGUACUUGAACUUGGGUUGCAAGUAAUUGCAAAGAUCAAAGGAUAUGCCGAUGCUGCUCAGGCACCCGAACUAUUCACGACGGCCCCAGCCCUCGCAAUACCAAAAGCCAUUUCGAAUGCUGGUCUUGAUGCUAGUCAAAUUGACUACUAUGAAAUUAAUGAAGCAUUCUCUGUUGUGGUUCUUGCCAAUCAAAAGCUACUUGCUCUAAAACCUGAACGAGUCAAUGUGCAUGGCGGAGCUGUAUCGCUAGGACAUCCACUAGGAUGCAGUGGAGCUCGCAUACUGGUCACAUUGUUAGGGGUGCUGAGACAGAAGAACGGGAGAUAUGGUGUAGGUGGGAUCUGCAAUGGGGGAGGUGGGGCAUCUGCCCUUGUUGUUGAGCUCAUGUCUUCUUCUCAGAUCCGCCGUUCUUCCUUAUAGUGGCUAUUUCUUACAUAAAAUAACCAAAUAAAACAAGAAUGUACUCUUUAGUGUAUCUUGUUCUUCGUUGGCAAGGAAAUGUACAAUCAUAAGAUCUUGAGAAGUGUCUGAAAUAUUCAUUGGUGUAUCUUAAUCUUCAUUGGCAAGGGAAUGUACAAUCAUAAGAUAUUGAGAAAUGUCUGAAACGCUCAUUCUGGCAUC